AUGGAAAAAUCGACAGGCUCCAAGGAGAAAGUUGCAGAGCUGGUCGCCCAAUACUAUGGAGCAGCCCCGCCUCCUUAUUUCAUGUUCCCGGACGAACACCCAUACGGUAUAUGCUGGCGUAUGGGUGCCGAUGAAGAUUAUGUAUCAUUCUUCUUGAACAGGUGGGGCAACAAAACGAAUGCGAUGGAAUUUCAUGAAAAGAGUGGGAAAGAAUGA